UCCCUCGCACCGCGCCAAUUAACAUGCACACACAUGAGUGAAUUGCAUUGGUACCAAGAGCAUUCCUCCUACCUACUACGUGUACCAAUCAAUGUAUGUGUGUGUGUAUGUAUGAGCGGCCAGACAGGCAGGCAGGCAGGCACCAAUCGGCUUAGACGGGCCACGCCAGCCACACGGCCACACGAAGCCAGGCAUGCAGCAGGCACCAAACAAGCAGGCAGACAAGGGCAAGGGGCGGAGAGAGAAGAGUACCCACUCAACCAAGUGCAACUAAGUACACACACCUAUAUAAUACAAUCAAUGGCUAAUAUAUGGCUACAAAUAUAUACGAAAGUCGACCGCCACGUGCAGCACAAGACAGACAGACAGACAAAUGAAUACACAUGCCCUGCCCCCCUCUUCUCCCUCCCCUUGGUAUUAUGUCCCUCUCUCCAUAUGGUCGGUCACACGGCCGUGGGUUUGUAGCACUUGAUGACCCCAGGCUUCGCCCCUGUGUCCCAGCAGCAGCCCUUGGACUGACACUCCUUACCCCCAAUCCCAUAAAAACCACAGUCACGCCGCGCGUCCAACUUGGGCUGCACACAGGUGCCUCCGACGUGAUAGCACCACGGCGAGCUGCCGUCCUCUGUGCGGCUCCAACAACAACCUGACGCACCGCACACCCACAGAGACACGUUAGUUAGUUACACCACACACACCGUGUCUCUGUCUGUCUCUGUGGCUAUGCGGUUGUCUCACUCACCGUUGGCGACGCAUUCCUGCUCGCGGAUGCCCAGGUAUCCGCAGUCCCAUUUGUCUGCCUUAGUGGCGGCACACCGCCCGCCGGCUUGUGUCCGCUGGACUGGCACCUCCAGGGGUGAUGGCUGCUUGUUCCUCUGCUCCACCUGCACAGGGGCAUAGCACGACGGGGUCUUGGAGAGCUUGGGGGCCGGCCUGAAACAGCACCCUAUCGCUGUCCACAGACACACACAGACAGACACAGACAGACAGACAGACACACAAGAGCCAGGGAGGUGUUGGGUGAGGUACCAAUAUGGGGUCGUGUCGGUAUCUAUAGGUCACACACCUCUGCAUUCUUCUGGCGUCAUGUUUGGCCUCACCGGGUCGCACUGCUCGCGCUUGCUAGCGGCGAUUUUGCACAGUGCCCCGUUGGAGCCGUGCUUGAUCGGCCCUUGGUACCAGGGGCCGGUGUUCUCUUGGCCGUCGCUUCCCCCACUCCCCUCUCCCCCACUCCCCUCUCCCCCACUCCCUCCCCCGUCCUUACCCUCUCCCUCUUGCUUCCUCUCGGCAUGUCUGUCGCGGCCAGGAUCAAAGUGACCGAACUGACUCGCGCUCGCGACCUCUUUCCGUUGGUCGUUUUCGCCGAGAACGGCGAACUCCUCACCGCCCUCCAAUUGAGCAAACGCCUCGAGUCUCGGCUCAUCGGGAUCCUGCUGCUGCUGCUGUUCAUCUUUGGCUUUGUCGGUUUCUUGGGGGCAUUUGAGUGAGGGGAUGGCAUCCGACGCCGACAGCUGUUGGCCCUCUUCGUCUUUGGGUACAGCCAUGUAGUACUGGCAUGUAGCACCUGCCCCGGGCACCCGCAGGCUGUGCUCGAACUGCCUCUUGGGGAUGCGGGCAAUGACGGUGGUGACGCUUGACGGGGAGGGGCCGCGGAGGAUCUCCCAAGAAGAAUGGACCGUUGCACCGUUCCAUGAGACUGCAGGAGAGACCAUGAAUGACACCAGAGCAUCACAUAUCUCGUCACGUGUACUGCACGGCUGGCUGUUAGUCGCUGUGUGAGACAGUACAGUGGAGUGUGGGAGUCUGCGACGGGUUGUCGGUGUCGAUGACGAGUGUGGGUUUCCAUCUCGGGUGGCCCCGCCAGUUGUUCCUCGGGAUCUUCCUUGCCACCUGGCUGUUAGAUCCAUCCUCGAAAUACAUCUCCAGCAGCUUCUCGCCGUCCGACGAUACCUCUGUCCAGAAUGGCACUGCACCAGGUUCUCCAGUGACCAGCAGCCCAAAGCCGCCCCAGCAGAUGCCUCGGUUGCCGUUCGGUAACCUCUGGACCGACCCGUCACCUGCACACCACACACAAGACAGACCACAUCAUAGUGAGUGCCGUUGUGCGCCCGUCCGUGGCCUUUCGCCCGCCCGUUGCUGACCGACCGAUAGAGAAGAUCUUGGUGUGGUCGUUGAAGUCCCAUGUCCUGGUGGCCACCUGCCGCUUUUCAUCGACGUGGUACUCGACCAUCCGGGCGUAGAAUGGCGGGUGGUGGUUGUUGUUGUCGAGCAUCAGGAGGGUGUCGCCCGACACCAUGUGGGCGUCGUGCUGGCUGCUGAAGGGCCGCUCGUCCUGCAAAAUCUGGAACUGGUUGAAGUUGGGGCGCCUCCCCAUCGUCCACAUGACCUCGGCCGUGACGCGGCUGACCUGUGUGGGCGCGGGAACAAAGCCAGAGGGGAGAGAGGGGAGGGGGACUUCUGUGUGGGGUGUGGACAGACAUGUGUGUAGUGUGUUGGUCUGCUUGGUCACCUUCAUGACGCCUGACAAACAGACAGAGCACGUGAGACAUACAUACCAGGCUUUCCGUAUUCCUCUUCCCUUUGUGUGUCUGUGUGUGUCUGCACCACCCACCAAGGUGUCUGAACGAGUAGACGUGGUUGCCGUCAUCGGUCCAGGAGGCCGCAUUGCUGCCAUCCCGUCGAAACACAGGCCCGCCCAUCACACAACACAAGAAGCCGAUUGUCCGUCCGUCCGUGUGUGCCUAUGCAUGUGGUCGGUCUCACGGGUGUGUGUAGUCCGCUGCCUCGUGUUUUCUCCUCUUAAUGGAGCUCGCCAUGAUGUCCUCCACGGACAUGUGGUCCCUGACACAUACCACCCCCACACACAGACAGAGAGACAGUCUCUGCUGCUGACCCAUCCUUUCCUUUCUCUCUGUCUGUCUGGUGGAUGGCCGCACCAUUGCCGCCACUCGAACAAGACAUUGCCGUCCUGGUCCUGCUCCGUCACGAUCGUCGCCUCGACCUCCUUGGGGUGGCCUCUGUACUGCACCUGCUGACGGUCCGUGUGCACCAUCAACGCAUAACCUGCCAAGGACAGCACACCAGAGCUCUCAGCCAAAUGGUGCAUGUCAGUCAGACGCUCCACAUGCCUUGUCCGUUGACCCUGAAGCCGUAACCUGCAACACAAUCGACCCAUUGUUGAAAGACAAACCAUCCCCUUACUUCGCCCACACUCACCGCUCAGAGCGUAGCCGUGUGGCGGCGGGUACUUCCUCUUGAGCCGGUAGCCGCUGUCCAUGACCAUGUUGGCUAGGGCGAUCUCGUCAGCAUUUGGCGAGAGGCUGAGGUCUGCGAAGGGGUUGUGGCCGUCGGUGUUGAUGCCUCCGUCCAUGUAGACGACCGGAUCGCCACGUACGUCGACCAUGAGAAAGUACGGGUGGUGCGUGCCGCCUUUCAUCGCCCGCUUGGCCUUCUUGUUGGCCACCAUCAGAUAGCCCUCAGCCACGCCCCUCUUGGGCGGCACAGCCAGCCGGAUUCUGGGGUACGUCUGCGGCAGACUGACACACACACGCACCAUGGCAGGUAGCAUGACAACAGCCCGGCCAGCAAGGCCAAUAUAUGGUGCGUCUUUCUUGUUGUCUCGCUCAUCGGCAUCACUCUAUCACUUACGUCUUGUAGUUGUGUGUGUGGGGGUGUGCCUCCUGGAGGGUCUUCAUGAAGGACAGCCCAUUCAUAAAGGGGUACCGGGGUGCCUUCCGGCCGCGGGGGGACGCAUCGCUCCCAUUGUGGGGCGCACCCCAGCCCAUCAGCUCGUAGGGCGUCACCAGGCUGCCCUCCCCACUGCCACUUGGCAGCCUGCUGAUCUCAUUCUCAUCCACGAAGUAGCGAGGCUGUCCUUCAGUCACCUCGGCCUUGACCAGCUCCUGAGCCGUCAUGUUGCCGCCCGAGCGACAUGCGCCACGUGGUUGGCAAUCAUCAGAACUCGCGACCUCUGGCGUGUGUGCGGCAAUAGAGAACUCCCAAGAGAAGGACAGCACCGUCCGCCCGAGUUGCGUCUGGAUGCCGGUGUGGAUGUCCACGUGCACAUUCUCGCCGGCAGCGAAGGGCUGAUCGGGGUGGAAGACGAUUGUGCGGUUGUCGGCGGCGAGGACGGUCCUGCCUUCAGUGCUGCCGGAGGUGUCGCCUCUGACCCUGAUUCUGCCCUCGAUGGAGUCGGACCCGAUGGGCGCUUCGUAGCGAGCGGCAAUCUGCGUGGCUGCGGACACAUAGACACCCUCUGGCCGCGGAUGGACAUACCUGACGAGCACAGCACAGCACAGCAAUACAAUGAUGCAUUGAUUGUCUGCAGAGCUGUGGUGUCUUGGUGUGACUCACUCGAACGGCCCGAAUCGGAUAGCGCGCGCACAGCAAAAGAAGAAGAGACAGAGAAGCCACCUCAAAGCCCCAUCGUUCCGCCGCAU